AUGACAGAAAAUAUGUUACCAGAAAUUAUGGCAUCGUGCGCACCGGGCUCUAGUGGCGAAAUAUCCUGGUUUUCGUCAUCCAGUUCUCCAUGGCAAAUUCAAGAAGUUUACUCACCUGGUUUAGGAGCAGAUGUGGACGGCGGACCUUUCCCUUGCCAGCAAUGCCAUCGAGUUUAUAAGUAUAAGAGAAAUCUAACUUCUCAUCAAAGACUAUCCUGCGGCAAAGAGCGGCAAUUUCUUUGUUUAACUUGCGGCAAACGUUUUGCUCAAAAAGUGCACUUAAGAACACAUCAUAGGUCGUGUGAUAGAAAGAAUAGUUCGGGAACUUCGAGCACAUUAAGCAAGAUCUUACAGAACCCCAAAAAAUUUGCCACAGAUGCACCAUCGAUAAGUGUCAUCAAGUUAUCAAAAAUUGCCGAACCUAGUCUACAAAAAUCGAAAUUUUCAAUAGAAGAAAAUGAACUUCAUAUUCCACAUUGCUCCUUCGGAUCAAUUUCUUCAAGUACCGAGAUCAAUAGAAUUCGCCCAAUUUUUACUCCAAGAUAUCGAUGUCCACGAUGUGCUACCUGGUAUUCGCACAAAAAUUCUUUGAAUGAACAUUUGCAGUUUGAAAAUUGUGCAGGACAAAAGUUAAAAUGUCCCUGGUGCGAUGAAACUUUUCGAUUAGCGCAGCAACUCACAGUGCAUGUUGCAAGACAUAAGCAUGCACCAUCGAUAAGUGUCAUCAAGUUAUCAAAAAUUGCCGAACCUAGUCUACAAAAAUCGAAAUUUUCAAUAGAAGAAAAUGAACUUCAUAUUCCACAUUGCUCCUUCGGAUCAAUUUCUUCAAGUACCGAGAUCAAUAGAAUUCGCCCAAUUUUUACUCCAAGAUAUCGAUGUCCACGAUGUGCUACCUGGUAUUCGCACAAAAAUUCUUUGAAUGAACAUUUGCAGUUUGAAAAUUGUGCAGGACAAAAGUUAAAAUGUCCCUGGUGCGAUGAAACUUUUCGAUUAGCGCAGCAACUCACAGUGCAUGUUGCAAGACAUAAGCGUCAGGAGUAA